AUGGGUCAUGAACCUUCCUUCGAGGAGUUAUCCGCGUUGGAACGGAGUGGUUUCGAGAAGGGUCUGAAGUUUUCUAUUGCUCCUCGCAAAAUACCGACUGCUGAAAUUGUCGCCGCUGUCGAGGAGAGCAUCUCUCAACUCAACGACGAACGUAGAAACUUGGUAAGAACAAAAGUAACUGCAUACUCAGGCGUGCUAAACCUCCUCCCAAAAAACAUUCAAAAGGAUGUUUUCAAUGCGCUUAUAGCUCUUAAAAAGGAUCCGGACAGGCUCGUGUUAUCUGCUGACAAGGGUAAUUGUGUUGUGGUAAGGGACAAACAGCAAUAUCACGACAAAGCUUUGUCUCUACUUAAUGACAAGAGUACGUAUGCAGUCUUAAACUCUGAUCCUAUCUGUAAAACUCAAAGA